UAAAAAUUAAGAAACUUAACAGUAUGGAAACCACCACAAUUCAGUUCUCCGACGAUCUUAUUGAAGAGCCAUUUCUCAGGCAUAGAGUUAAGAGCUGAAAGAAAGUCAACAAUUCAAUUCUAUUUGCAGGAGCAAAUAAUUUCACUAGAAAAAGUUCAACUAUAUGAAUCAACCUUUGUCCUGGAGAUGAUGAUACUUGAUCAGUAGAAUCAGAAAUUGAUGAAGCUGAACCGAUGGAAAUUCAUGAAGACAGAGCAAAGGCUUAUGAACAUCAGAAGAACUUUAUCAAAGCUCUUGAAGAAUAUGAAAUCUGAUACAAUUUGGAGCCAACCAUAGAUAACUUGCAGAAGCUUUCAGAGCUUUGUUAUAAGACAAACGAUUAUAAGAACGCAUGAAAAUGGUCUGAAAUGCUUCUUUCACUAACUCUUAAGGAAAAUAAUGAUAAUAUUUUUUCUUUAGAAGAAACCACAACUAGUACUGUUUUGUUAUGAGCGAAGACUAUUCCCUUUGCUCAAUCUCUGGGAAAAGUUCUACAAAACUGUAUAACCUGUUUAAAGACUUACGGUCAAGAAACUUUUGAUGCUUCUUACAUUGACAAAGCUAUUGCUCACACUGAAACAGCAAAAGCUCUAUUGAAGAAAGAAGAUGAUAACAUCUUCGAAAAAGCUACACUAAUAACAGUGGUCUCUCAGCUGCCUAACCUCCAAAAACUCAAACGCCAGAUCCUACUGAAAUCAGAACUUGACAGACUGCAUAGGCUGGCAGAUCAGGUUAACUCCAUUUUUGAAUGCAGACAACAGACUUUAUCGCAAGAGGAAGUCCAGACGAAUUUGCAGUUUUGGAAACAGUUUACAGAUAUUUAUGAAGAUAAAGUUCAACAGUUGAAACAAGAAGAAGAGGGGAUAAUGGGGAACUGAGAUUUUGAAGACCCAAAGUAUUAUGAUUGACCGAUUAAUUAUACUGCAAUGCAAAGACCAACAGUUGCUAGUGAUGGACAUUCGUAUGAGCAUGGUACUCUGAACUUUCUUAUUAGGAAGCAUUCUGCCAUCUCUCCUCUUUCAAGGGAGAGAUUAGAUACGAACGUAAUGUAUCCAAACCGUGCCUUAAGAAGAGGCUUUCUUUCUCAUAGAAAAAGUUUAGGGAGCGAUAGUGGAGGAUACUCUUCAAGGAGAUCUCUCAGAUAACCCAUUUCUAGAUUUUCUU